UAUAAGAAGUCGCGAUCAAAAAAGAUGGAAAGGUCAUUCUAAAAAAGUUAUAUCUAAAGAAGAAACUACUGAAAGUAAUACUGAUAGAAUGCGUAAAUGGAGAGCAGAGAAUCGAGAAAAGAAUAGACAAAAUGAUUUACGCUGUCGUGUAUACCGUUUAGCGCGUCAAAGAUAUGGUGAUAACAAUUCAGUUGAAAAACAAAAUUUUAUACGAGAGGAAAUUACAAGAAGAUUAGGAAGACGUAUUUCAAUUGAACAUCAUAAAGACGAGAAUCACUGGUCUACUCAACAGCAUAUACAAACUAGUAGCAGUAGAAUUAUACAAUUCAAUAAUACCUUAUCGUCAGCUACUAAUAUUAUAGAUACUGAUAUCAAUGAACUACCCUUUUAUAGCGUACCAGAACAUAAAAUUGAAUUACCAUCUAUAAAUCAAUUUAGAUCUAACUCAACUGGCUCUUGGAUUCCUACUACUACUACUACUACUUAUCCAGUUGUAGUAACCACCCAUAGUUCAUCACCUCCCUCUAGUCCUGCUCUUCCACAACUAUCGCCUACUUUAGAGCGACGUAUAAGUGAUAGUAGUACAAGUAGUAUUCAGAGUGAUUCAAGUGAUAAUCAAAUUAGAAAUAACCAUGAUGAUGAUGAUGAUGAUGAUGAUGACGACGACGACGAUAACGACAACGACAGCGAUGAACAGCCACAACGAUCUUACUCUUAUUCACCAAUACUUAAAGAAGAAUCAGGAGACAAAGGUAAUUGCUGUGUGCUACCUUCUAUGCAUACCUUUUUAUCUUAUGCAUCAACAUCAGCUGUUGUUUCCGUUGAACAACAAAAGCAAAACUGUGUACCUACAAAAGGUGGAAUUAAAUAUGUUGAAUCCAAUAGAAUAUUGGAUGAAUUUGUUGGUGUAGUUCUAAACUAUGCAGCGAUAGCAACAACAACAACAUCAUCAACACAAUAAAUCUGUAUCUUAAAAAUAUCACCAAUUUAUAUGUAAAGAACACUAUUUAUAUACUUUAUUUCAUUUUAUUUAUACAAUCUUCUUCUUUCUAUGAAAAAAAAAGAAAGAAAGAAAGAAAAGAAAAGCCAAUUCUUUUAUUACAUAUUAAUAAAAAGGAUUAUAAAAUAUCA